UGAAAAUUUGUUUAGUCUGUGGUUGAGGAGACUGAAGUACAGACAUACAGUGGUGUGCCGAGUAGUGUUUUAUUUAAGACUGAAGUUAUUGUUAUUUUAUCUCUUUCUAUUAAACAUUAUCGAUCUAAGUAAAACCACAUAUUUUACAUUUACAAACCAUUACACGGCAUAGCUCUAAUAUAAAAAUAUGUGAUUAUGAACAACAUGCUUUGAUAUUAAAAGGUUCAGCGAUGUAUAUCAAGGUGUUUUAAACAAUUGCUUGAACGCAAGAAGAUGAAAUAAGGUAAUCGUUGCAUAAAUUUAAGACAAAAGGCUGAAGUUUUGUCCUUCACACAUUAGAACAUCGUUAUCUAUGCACGGUUACAGAUCGGUUUUGUUAGAGGUGAUUACGAAGUAACUAAAACAGUGCAUGUAAGUACGCAGUGAGCACAUCUAGUUUAUAAUCGUUUCGCCAACGACGUGUACAUACUAAUUUAAGCUAUAUCUUUACUGGUGGAGGGUCCUUGCUUCUUACUGCAUUCUUAUCACAAUUUUAUCAGGUAACGCAAAUAAUGUAAUUACUAAUGGGUGAUAACUUGCGCUAGAUCCUCAUUAUGGCUAAUGUAAAGAGUAGAGUUAAUACUACUAAAACUGCAUCUACAAAAAUUAAUGGGAAGGGAAAGGUCGGCAGACCAAAAAAGUCAAUAAUUAAUGUUCAAAAUGUGACAGGGAAAGAUGCCUUGAAACGACAACCAAGAAGAAAAAAUAUUGAAGUUCUACCUGAAAUAACACCAAAUUCUGAUAAUAAAGGCAAGAAAGUGGGUAAUACAACAAAUUUAAAAAAAUUGCUGUCUAAAAGUGGCCAUAUUCGACACAAAAAUAAAAUUGAUAUAAAAAUAUUUGACAAAAUUUUAAAAUCUGAAUUACAAAUUGAAGACAACAACCGCUCACUAAGAAGCGAGGUAAGAAAAACACGAUUUAACAACAACAAUGACAUUCAGGCAUUGAAUACCCAAAAAGACAGAACAUCAGAAGGAAUUGUAUGUGUGGAUAAUAAUAAAAUUGAAAAAGACAUUGAAGUCACUACUUCAUCCGAUAAAUUAAAAAAAAUUGCUAAGAAUAUUAAUUAUAAAAAUACCACAAUUUUUACUAAUGGACAGCUGUUUAUAUGUGAUUACUGCAAUAAAGAAUUCAAUACUAGAGCAUCAAUAAGGCGACAUCUCUUUCUUCACGAUAAAGUAACAUCAUAUUCUUGUCCGCAGUGUAAAAAAUAUUUUAGAAACCAUCUUUAUUUAGCAGCACAUACAAAGAGGCAACAUCCAAAUUGGGAGAAACACUUUAUGUGUAACAUUUGUGAUAGACCAUAUUUGCUUAAAUCAAAUUUAAAACUACACUUGGCUAGUCAUAGUCGUAACGAAAAAAUGUUUAAGUGCAUAUAUUGUAAAGAAAAAUUUGCAGACCAAUAUUUAUUAAUCGAUCAUGAAAAGCAGCACUUAGUUGAUGGAAAAUAUUUAUGUAUUAUCUGUGAAACAGCUUUUGAUUGUAGAAACAGAUUAACGUUUCAUUAUAGGUCUCAUUUGAAAGUUAAAGAUUUUGUCUGCCAGCAUUGUGGAAAGGAAUUCUUGAGGAUGAAUUCAGUGAGACGUCAUGUUCAAGUCUGUCAUUCUGGUCACAGACUUCAAUGUAAAAUAUGUAAGAAAUAUUUAAAAGGUCAUUUAUCUGAACACAUGCGUACCCAUGAUAAAAAUCGUCCCCAUGAGUGCCCUGAUUGUGGACAGCGUUUCACACAAUCCACACAGCUGACAGUGCAUCGUAGGUCACACACUGGUGUUCGUCCUUAUACAUGUAGAAUCUGUCAACGCCCUUUUUCACACUCCAAUGCAUUGAUGCUCCAUAUUCGUCGACACACAGGUGAAAAACCUUUCAGUUGUGCAAUGUGUCCUAUAUCCUUCUCACAAUUGCCACAUAUGAAGGCUCACAUGUGUAAGAUCCAUGGAAAAGAAGAUCCAUAUAGGUGUCAGAAUUGUAAGCAGUUCUUUAAGCUCAAGGUUGGAUUAGAAGAACAUUUAAAAUCUUGUAUUAAAACCAAAAAAGGCUUAGAAGCAGUUGAGAAAGAAGAUCUAAAUGGGGAAUCUCCUGCUCAGCUGUCUCGUAUGAGGUUUCUUCUUGCCUUGCUACUCACUAUGAUUGCCACCAAAGAGAAACUAAAGAUUUUAGGUUUCAACAAGCGACUAAUUGAUGACCUACUUGUGGAAUCUUUGGAAGCUAUGCGCUACAAGCCAUGCAAGGAUAAAAACUUGACUUCAUUUAAUCGCCUAAAGAUAAAUAUAGAAAUGUUACUGGAAGGGACUGUGCCAUCGGAACAAAUGGAGAAAUUAAAGAAAGACAACAAAACCACAGAACAAAUUCUGGAAUUAUUGACAGACGAGAAAAAACGUAAUUAAUGAAAAUCAUAAUCAUACUUUAAUUAAGUAAGUCCCUUUGAUAUUAUUUAAUCAUAAUGUAUUAUUACACCAAUGUCGAUUUAAAAAUUAAUUGUUUUCUGAUAUUUGAUUUGUAAGAAAAGACUGCCACUACUAUUAUUUUUAUUUAUGGACAUCACCAAAAAUUUAGUUUUAAAAGGUAAGCUACUGUAUAGUUUGGCAGGAAACCAAGCAUACAUUUUUAAUAGUUGGCUUAUAAUGAGGCAACUUGGUGACUUAGAAUCGAUUUUAUAGCAGCAAUAGUUCCUUAGAAAUGUUGUGCACUGAUGUUUUGUAUCAUGAUGAGUCUUAGGAGUAAGGUUCUGCCUAUAGCAAUAAAAUUGUACCUUUUAUCAGGUUCAUGAAUAAUUGGUUGUGUGUGUGUUGCAAUUCAUACUAAAUCAUCCUAUCAUAUUUGUAUUACUAUGAUAUGUAAGCUAAUAAUAAAUUGUAUUUAAAACUAAUAAUAAAGUAUAAAUUAUAUUUAGCAAUAAGAAUUGAAUUUUUACACUAUGUAACAAAAACCCAGUUUUAAAUAAAAUACUUUAAAAAACUUAAAUUAUGCAUUUCAGUCUAAGUUUUUUUAUGUAUCAUGAUAACAUAAGUGUUCAGACAAAAAUUUAAUCUUUAAAAGACAUGUGGCAGAAUAUUUUUACCAUAUUCUUGCAAAUAAAUUAUUAAUACAUAUUAUAAUAAAUAAAGGGUUUUUGUUAUGGGUGCUUUAUAAAAGAAUUGAUUUAUUUGUUAAGCUGUGAACCAAAAAUAAAAGUAAUAAUAUUUAUCUUCAAGUUUUAUGACAGGCAAUGUUUUUUUGAUGUUACAAUGAUUACUUGAAUGAUGUGCCAUUAUAUCCAUUUAUUUAUAAAGUGAUUAGUGUAUUGUUUUAAAAUAUUAUUUUGUUAUGCCACUUUUUAAUCAAUCACUUGUUGACAUUUUUUAUAUAGUGCAAAACCAGUGCCAUUAUGUUUAGUUUUGCUUGAUAAAAAAUAAUUAAAUAUAUUUACAUUCAAAAUCAGUAAGGUUUUGAAUAAUUAAAUUGUUAUAUGAAAAUUUAUUUUACCUAUCUAUUGGAUUAUAUAUCUUAAUAAUUAUUUGUAAUCUUACUAUGUUAAAUCAAUCCAAUUUUAAUGGGCAUGUAUUUUUUUGUUUCGUCUACAUUUUGUAAUGAGAAGUACUAUAAUUUUACAUGAAGACGAUUUAAAGAACUAUUUUUAAUAUUUGGUAUCUCUUACCCUAAUCAUAUUUUCCUAGUAACAUAAUUUCAGUGUUGUAAUAAAAUUCAGUUUUCUGUGUGUUAAAUAGAUAUAACAUGUAUUUAGAUAUUAAGAAUUAGCAACUGCCUACAAACUUGUUUGCUUUUAUGUUUAGCAGAAGUGUUAUUCUGAUUACAUAGAAUUCAGUUAAGUAGUUUUCACGUGAAUCAGUGAAUAACAUCCACAUAUAGUAAAAUAAUAGCUUAAUUAGAUGGCAUAGGGGUGCAGCUUUUUAUUAAAUUCUUGCCAGUUAUUCGAAAAUAGUUUUAGCCAAAGAAGUUUUAAAACUACCAAAGUAAAUGUGGAAGGUAAAAAUUUAUUGUUUAUAUCAUAGUAGAUAUUAUAUCAGUGAGUUAUUUAAUUGAAUACAUAUUGGUAUACUUGAGCACUGGCCAAAAUUCCCAAAGAUAGUUGUAAUAAAAUUAGUAAAUGUAAUUUAAAUUACCAAAUAUUAAAAUUAUACUGAUUUUAAA